CUCAAAGUGCACAAGCCGAAGACACUUUGGAAUAUACUCCCACCACGAUGGCCGCACCCGCGCACAACAUGAAGUACCGUUUCCUGGGCAACACCGGCCUGCUGGUGUCUCGCUUGUCGUUCGGCAGUUGGGUGACCUUCGACAACCAGUUGGACUUCGAGAAGGCCUACAGCAUCAUGGAGCACGCCUACAAGCAGGGUAUCAACUUCUUCGACAAUGCUGAAGUGUACGAGAACGGUUGUUCUGAACUCGUUAUGGGCAAAGUGGUGAAGGCCGGUAUCGAGCGCGGUGCCUGGACACGCGAGGACCUGGUGAUCAGCACCAAGCUCUUCUUCGGAACGAAGCCAGGCCCAAACCAGGGUGGCAACAGCCGCAAGCAUAUCGUGGAGGGCAUGAAGGCGUCACUUAAGCGCUUUGAACUCGACUACGUUGACCUGGUCUUCUGCCACCGUGCCGAUCCAUUUACCCCUAUGGAGGAGACGGUCCGCGCGAUGAACUACGUGAUUGAGCAGGGCUGGGCGUUCUACUGGGGCACUAGUGAAUGGACUGCUCAGGAGAUCAUUGAGGCCUGUGAAAUUGCCGAUCGUCUCGGCUUGAUCCGUCCGGUGUUUGACCAGCCGCAGUAUCACAUCCUGGAGCGCUCGCGCGUCGAAUACGACUUCGAUGUGCUGUACAAAAAGUACAACUACGGCCUCACCACGUGGUCGCCGCUGGCGUCCGGUAUCCUUACGGGCAAAUACAGCAAGGGCAUUCCGGAGGGCUCGCGUCUAUCCAUUCCGCUGUACAAGAAUCUGCUUGCGAACGGACUCGAGGAGAAGAUCGCCAAGGUGGUCAAGCUCGCUGAGGUGGCCAAGGAGGUGGGCUGCUCGCUGGCGCAACUGUCGAUUGCUUGGGUGGCUGCAAACCCGCACGUGUCGACGGUGAUCCUCGGUGCUACGAGUAUCAAACAGUUGGACGAGAAUCUGAAGGCAAUGGAGUUCGUGGACAAGAUCACGCCCGAGAUCCGUGAGAAGAUCGACGCCAUUGCCGACUUCAAGCCCAAGCUUGUGACGGAUCCGGAGUCUCACGUGCUCGCGCUCCGGAAGCAGUACCUGUAAGUUGCCAGUGGUCUCGAGGAUGAGGUACAAUGCACGAGAUAGGUGGGCUAUCAUGCUGUAAUACAGUCCAUUUCUAGUCACA